CACAGCCCUCCACAGCACCGGACACAGAGUGGGAGAGCAUCCUAUCGGAUACCUGCUAAACUGGGAGAGCAGGUGGGACCGUAUCCUAUGUAGCGUUUUCAGAUGGGAGGGAAGCAUAGGGGUAUCUGUUUGAACUUUGCUCCCUGGAAUCGAUGUGGAGCUUAUAUUGGAUGAUAACACUUUUGAGGCAAUCCACUUUGGUUGUUUGUUCAACUCACCUGAGAUGUUGAAACCUUAGGAGGAUAAGUAGGAUUGCACCAUGCUUUAUGGUGAGAAGAAAUACCAGGAUGUCCAGGUGUAGCAUUUCUUCAUCCAGGGAAUGUUUUCACAGAAGUCCAAUCUGAUUGAAGAAUCAUCAGAGAAACUACUCGUAGUUGACAGUAAAAAAGUUUAGAGGCAGUUUGUGGAUUGGGGGUUGGAGGUCACAACAAAAUCAGGUAUGAGUCAAAUGUAACUCCCUCUGACAGUCAUGUUGUCCUCCAACUUCAUUGAUCUCUGAAAGUCAACCACCUUACGCUUGUGUUUGAUAAAAGCAAUCUGUCUUUCUCCAACAACAUCCUGUCCUCAUGUUGUUGUGCCCUCAUUAGCAUAUAAAGGCACCUGGUGAGUAAGCAAAAAACGUAAGGGAGGUUCCUUGAAGGGUCAAGUGACAAAAAGUUGGUCUAUGAUGUGACAUCACAGGAAGUGCAGUAUUCACAUAUCUUUUCUUUUCUUCUCAGAGAUGAUCUUAAUACAAACAGCUAAAAAGCAAAUCCGAAAACAAUAUGUAAUCAUGGAGAAGGGUGGUUCCAUCUCAAUUCUGUGAAGUAUGGAGAGGGCAUUGAUGCUCGGUCUCCUGACCAAUCACACCACUCCAAAUGUAGCGUCUGGCCAGCGGAGCACAACCAAGCCCACCCCUCCCAGCCUGGAGGAGGUCAUCCAUUCAGAAUCCCAGAUCAAGGAUCUCGUCGGGCUUUUUUGCAUGGUGACCCUCAACCUCGCAGCACUACUGGGCAACAGCGGAGUUAUGGUGGCCAUUGCCCGUGCCCCUCAUACGAAAAAAUACGUAUUUGUGUGUCAUUUGUGUGCAGUUGACUUACUUUGUGCCAUAUUGCUGAUGCCUCUUGGGAUAGUGACAAGUUCUCCGCUCUUCAGCACUGUAGCGUUUACAGUUCUGGAGUGCCAGGUGUACAUCUUUUUAAAUGUGUUCCUCAUCUGUGCCUCGAUUUUAACUGUGACUGCCAUCAGCAUAGAGCGCUAUUAUUACAUUGUGCACCCCAUGCGCUAUGAGGUGAAGAUGACUUUAAACCUUGCACUUGGUGUUAUGGUUUUCAUUUGGGUCAAAUCCAUCCUGCUGGCUUUGGUUACACUGCUCGGUUGGCCGGCGUACGGAAACCAGAGCUCCAUCGCCGCAGCCCAUUGCUCUUUACACUGGAGUCACAGUCGACUUAGGAAAGUUUUCGCGAUUAUCUUCAGCAUGCUUUGCUUUUUGAUUCCUGCCAUUGUGAUUUUCACCGUGUAUUGCAAUGUUUACAAAGUCGCACGGACGGCUGCCCGCCAGCACGCUCCGUUGCCCACCUGGACAGCUAGCCAAGCCAAGCAUCGCUCUGAUUCCAUCAACAGUCAGACUACCAUCAUAGCCACGACGCGCAACCUGCCCCAGCGACUGUCUCCAGAGCGGGUUUUUGGGGGCGGGAAAGCCGCCAUCACCUUGGUUGUCAUUGUGGGUCAGUUUCUAAUAUGUUGGCUCCCAUACUUCAGUUUUCACCUUUAUAUGUCCAUCACCACCCCACUGCAGAGCCCAGGGGACAUUGAAGAGGCCGUCACGUGGCUAGCAUACGCCUCUUUCGCCGUGAAUCCGUUCUUUUACGGUCUUCUGAACAGACAGAUCCGUGAGGAACUGAUUAAGCUGAGAAAAUGUUGUGCCAGUAGACCCAUUGAACUUCGGGCCUCCAGUCACGAAGGUUCCGUUCAGGAGAACUUUCUACAGUUUUUGCAGAGGACCAGCAGCGCAGCUGAGACCACCAGACCUAGUUGUGGCAAUUCCAGCCCGAGGAACACCGAGGACCAGGGUCCAAGGUUACCCGGUCAGAUCUCGGAGGAAUGACUUCCUGAAAUAUCAGUAAACUGUGUAAUGAAUGAAAAUGAUGACUUUUGAAUUUUGGGGUUUGUACAUGUGCAUGAAUUAAAUACCAUGAUGAAUUCAUGUAUAUGUCAUGCAAUUUGCACUGUAAAGAAUGUAUCAGGUCUUUUCAACAUUGUAUUUUAGACCUAUUUGAACCCUUUGUAUUAACCUAGUUCCGAUGGAUAAGUGACAACAGUACAGUAAUGGUAAAAUUAAAUAGCGAAGUUCUUACCUUUUGUUAUUUGUGAACCUGGACCACAAAACCAAUAAAUAAUAGCAUGGGUAUAUUUGUAACAAUAACCAACAAUACAUUGUAUGAGUCAAAAUGUUUCUUUUGAAUGGCAACAAUAAUUAGGAUAGUAUGUAAAUAUUAGGUUACAUGAAGAUAUUUAGUAAAUUUUUAUACCAUUAAUAUAUCAAAAAAUUUAUUUUUCUGAGUGAUGCAGUGCUUUGUGCUUUGGAAAACUUUAAAGGCAAUUUUCUUAAUUUUUGGCACCCUCAGAUUUUCAAAAAGUUGUAUUUUGGCCAAAUAUUGUCUUAUUCUAACAAACCAUACAUCAAUGAAAAUGAAAAGAUUAUUAUUCAUCUUUGUUCAGUUGAUGUAUACAUCCUAGAUCCAAAAAAUUGACCCUUAUUGAUUGGUUUUGUGGUCCAGGGUCACAUUUAUUCUUUCAUUUUAUCUGGUAAAAUACAACUCAUGUUCAGUAUUUGCAAUUGUUGAAGAUUUGUCUUAUAAUGGUACGAGAAGCCACAUUAUUGAAAGCAUGGUGUAAAUAUUUAUUAAUAAUAUUUUUUGGUGAAAAAAUAAUAAACUUUUGUGUUAUAUUAAUUACACAAAUGUUUAAUGGUUAUUAUUAUUUUACACUGUUUUUCAUUGUAAGUUACAUCACAAAGCUUAAUUUAGCUGACAUCACAAACCUUCUCCAUGUAUGUGAGCAGCUCUGAUGUUUGUUGCUAAUUCCAUGUGCUCUUGUAACCAUGGAAAUGCGAGACAGGGACUUGCAUAGCAACAGGGUGUCUGUGAGCAUUGGUCUAGAAGAUUGGCUGAAAUAAAGGGUAUCUUGGAAGAUACCCUUUAUUAUCAUAUUUAGUCAAUUCCUCAGGUUAUGUAUAUGACAGUAAUGGGAAGAAAUUAUUUAAAGUUUGUACAGUAGCUGUACUUAAGUUGUAACAGAACAGUUUUGUUCCUAGUUUACUAGAAAUUGUUAGCAUGCAAUACAAAUGCCUGGAUGAGAUAACGGGGAAUUUUAUGGUCUUUGCUUUUUUGUGUACGACUUUAACAAACAGAAGGCAAAAAAUUAGUAGCCGAGUUGUUUGUCCUUCGCAAACCAUGAAAUGUUGUUUUUACCGGACCAUAUUGCAGAAUAGGUGUUGUAUUUGUUUAAAUUAUGCAACUUGGACUUUUUAUUUCACAAUAGUAAACAAAUUGCUGGCACAUGUGCUGUGAUGGGACAGGGUGUACAAAUAAAUCACUCAGACAUAUAUUUCAAGAGCGGGUCAUAUUUUUACUCAAAAUCAAAGACAAAAUUAAGAAUUAUUCAGUGAUGGCUCAUGACUGCUCUUCUGAGGGGUGCAAAUUCAAAA